AUCAUAUAGACGUAGGAUGAAUUAGCCUAAUGUGGGACAAUUUUUGCAUUUAAGACUUCUGGGAUGUAUUGCAACAUGAAGCUAUACAUUAAAUCCACACCCAGUACCACUCUGAAAUUCCCUGGAUGUCCCCUAAUCAAACCCAAAGUGAAAAUCCAGUUAUCACACUCAUUAAAGAAAUAGUAGACAUAUCAGUCUUAGUGCCAAAUUGUCUCUGACAAUCUGCAUUUCCUAAUGUGGGACAGUGCUGUUCUAAAUGUGGGACACUGAAAAGUCUAUGUUAAAAGCCCUAAAUCACCUUAAUUCUAGUAUGAAAACCUCUCAAGUCUGUCACACUCAAGUCUAAAAUGUGCAAUCCAAUGUUCUGUAAUUUUACCACUUACAAUGUUAUUGGUGUUACAAAACACUAAAAAAGGACAAUAAUAGUUUGAUGCAUUUAGUAGAAAGACAAUAGGCUAUUAUAUCACCAUAUCUGACAUGCAGAGAAAGCAGAAUGUAAUGAACAUUUUAUGCAUUAAUUUAUUUAAAGAAUUGCAAUGUUACUAUGUUAAAAUGUUAAAAUAUUUUCUAUUCCAUACGUCUGUCCUGAAUAAAAGAAAUACUUAGCCAACUAACACCAAUACUAUUUUGUUGACUAGUUGAUUAAUUGAUCGAUAAGUCUUCAAAACUGUGUUUUUCCACAUAGAAAUAUGCAACAUAACCAAUUUAAUCAUAUCUUCACCAGAGAUGUACUAAGGUUUCUUAUAAAAUAUGUCAUUCAGCAUGGAACAAACGACCAAUAAAUCAACAAAUGGGGGGUAGCUCCACUAAACAGGAAACGCAUACAGUCAUAACAGGCAUAUUUGAAUGCAAAAAACUGUCCCACAUUAGGCAAGUCAUACUGUCCCACUUUAGGAGACAUGUGGGACAAAGGAAAUUUUAAUUUAAAAUAACAAUUAUAGAAUUUAUUUAAAACAUUAUAUAAUAUUUUUUGAUGAACAAGCAUAUCAUAAAAACAUCCAGAUAAAAAAAAGUAGGAUUGUUUUAUUUAUAAUAAAUGUAUAUCCUUAAGAUUAAGUUUGUCUAAACAGUAUGUCCCUGACCUUUGGGUGGUCUUCACGCUGUGUACUUCCUUUUUGAAGCUUGUAUCAUUCUAAUCUAUGAUUGGACAUUUGAGAAGUCAUGUUUUUUUGAUCACAUGACAUCACAACUUGUGUUAACUCUUAGUUUUAUUGACUUUCAUUUGUUGUAGGAAGACCUACACCCGCUUGAGCUUAGGUGUCCCACAUUUGGCUAAUUUACCCUACAUUUCAUCCGUGUCAUCUGACAAGCAUGAAGGUCAGGGUAUGGCCAUGGGUGUGUUUCAAGUAGGCCUAUAAUAGGCUAAUGGACAGAGAAAUAUAGUUUCUUGUUUUUAAUUACUGCUAUGAAAAUGUUUUAGAAAUUAAACUGUUAUAAAACCGUCUCUCUUCUUAGGAUAGCUGUUUGUGAAACUGCCUUCACUAUCUUAGAUAUUAGACUCUGUCAUCCACUGAGGUCUGGCUCCUGCGUUCUUCAACGAUGGGGAACUUGCAGAAGAUGAAGUGUGUUUUGAAAUGUGUGAUCUGUUUCCCCACUGCAUUAUGUGUUCUCUACUUAAUAUCUCGCGCCAGACUUGAUGUGCAAACAUGCACACCAUGGAGCGCUCCCAUCAUCUGGGAUGGGAUGUUUAACUCUGAGAUUUGGGACCAGAGGCACCAGACAGAAGGAGCCACUGUGGCUUUAACAGUGUUUGCAGUUGGCAGGUACCUGGAUGCUUACCUCGGGGACUUCCUGAACUCGUCGGAACAUUACUUUAUGUUGGGUUUGCCUGUCAGGUAUUACGUAUUUACGGACAUGCCACAAAAGGUUCCUGACAUCAAGCUUCCUCAUCUGCGAGCCAUGAGAAUCAUCAAAGUAAAGAGGCACUCCAGGUGGCAGGACAUCUCAAUGAUGCGAAUGAAGACGAUAGCAGACACCAUUGAGUCCGAUAUCCGCCACCACUGUACUCACGUUUUCUGCUUUGAUGUGGAUCAGGUGUUCACAGGGAGAUUUGGCUCAGAGGCUCUGGGAGAUUCCGUGGCACUCCUCCAUGCCUACUUUUACCACCUUCCAAAAGAGAGGUUUACUUAUGACCGUAACCCCAAGUCCAAGGCGUACAUGGAAACCGGGGAUUUCUACUAUCACGCUGCUGUAUUUGGAGGCUCGUGGAAGAGUGUAAAGGCGUUGACUGAGGCAUGCUAUCAGAGCAUCAUGGAGGAUAAACUAAAUAAUGUGGAGGCUCUUUGGCACGAUGAGAGCCAUCUCAACAAGUACCUAUGGCUUCACAAACCCAGCAGGGUGCUCUCUCCAGAGUACUGCUGGGACCCUAGUAUUGGCUACAGGAAUGACAUACAAGUCUCUCGACUACUGUGGGCACCAAAACAAUACGAGAAACUGCGUGUUCCCUAAUGUGUUUUUGGAGUGAAGAACAAUAUCACCUGCUAUUCGUAAUGGAAUACUGUAUCCAGUGAAGUGGGAUAUAUAGUGUUUACAUUUUUCCCAUAUCCCAGCUGACAUUCAAUCAUUCCCAGUAAAUGUUUAUCAAGCUUAUAAUACUUCCAAUUGUUUCUGCCCCUGCCGGUAACAAGCCCACUAGAACAGGGGUUGUCAAACUUUUUUAGACCAUGGACCCCUUUCAGGGGAGACAUUUUUCCAAGGACCCCUGCAUUGUCGUAACAUUGAUAAGCAUGGUCCGUUCCAAUCCAUUUAGAUAGACAAAGGUCUGAACAGGAGGGCGACCUGGUUCUUAUUUGAUCUGCUCGUCUGAAAGUAAUGAUUUUCCGAAUAAAGCCACAUCUUAAGCCAUAGUAUCUUUCAAGGCUUGCUUUUGCAUUUGAUUUUCUUUUCUAUGAAGCAGGUUAUUCCAUGCACAUGCUGCUUUCCUUUAUUGUAAAUGUACAUAAUGUGUAAAUUCAUGUCACAGUAACCAAGUUAACCUGAAUGUGCUGGAAAGGGGCUUACACAUCUCCUUGCAGUUGAAGUGGUUUUAGGUAAUCUUACAAAGAUAAAUUAUUGCUUUUUACAGAUUUUUUAAAAUAUAUUUAAAUUGAACUUGUGUUCUUUAGUACCUUGAAAGUAUCAUAUUUACUGAAGGGUAGUGACAUGUUAUUUAUUUAAAUUAAAAGGUGUAGCACAACUCGUUUUCAGCCUGCCCUGCUUUGUUCACCCCACAUUUCCAGCUAUCUUGACUUCAUCAGGGAGGUUCUUAAAGCUGGCGUGUUUGUUCUGUUAUAAACACUCCAUCCUGAUAAAGCCCAGACAGCAGACAUGCUAUGUGCACUCUAAAAGUAAGUAAUAAUCUACAUGCCUGUUACCUGUUCAUAGUCUUAACCUCGACUAAAAGUUCAGGCCGUACCUUUAGAUCACUCAGAAAUCAUGUUAACUUCCUUCCUGUCAUAACGACUAUUGGGUCACUUCCUAUUUUUCUCAGAGAAGUGGAACAGGAUGUAACGAUUUCAUGUUAAAUUGUCUCUUUGUAAAGAUAAUAGAAUGAGCCAAGUGAGCACUUGUGAUUCGUUUGAAUAAUUAAUUAAAAGUGCUCAUUGAAAUGUGUGUUUUAAUGUGUUUUUUUUGUUUGUUUGUUUGGCACUUUGAGAUCUGUAAAAGAAGAAGAAAUCUGUUUGCUUCUUUCUAAAAAUUUGUUUUUUUUAUAAUUUAAAUCAUAUAGUUUAUCUAAAUUCUGUGAUAUAGUGGUGCCUAGAUAUUUUAUACCUUCAGCCAUGCUGUCUUAAUACAUGCAUUUUGUUGUUUGGCAUUGUCUCGAUGAAGUAAGCAAGGCCUUCCCUGAGGAAGAUGUUGUCCACUUGGCAGCAUAUUUUGCUCCAAAACCUUUGUAUAUCAUCCAGCAUUAAUCUAUCAAGGAUAGCUGGCUUUUGAACGAUGCACUGAUAACAGGCUGUUUGGUCCCUCAUCUCUUUUGACUCCUCAGAUCAAAGGACUGUUUUACACUUUGCCUCAGUCCAUUUAAAAAUAUAUAUUCAUUUGGGGGCUUUUUUUUAAUGCCUUUAUUGUAGAGAUAGGACAGUGGAAAGAGUUGGAAAUCAGGGACAGAGAGAGUGGGGAAUGACAUGCGGGGAAAAGAGCCACAGUCAAAUGAAUUGAACCUGGACCGCCUGUUUUGAGGACUACAACCUCUGUAUAUGGGGCGCACGCCCUAAUCACUCGGCCACUGGCGCCCCAGCUUCAGUCCAACACUGACCCAGAGAACGCGGCAGCAUUUCUUGAUCUGAUUUUCAUUCAGCUAGCAUUUGCUAAUUCAGAGAUGAACUGUGUUAAAAGACAAGAGAUUUUAAGGGUGUUCUUGAGUCCAUUCAGUGGACUCCAUUGCACACUACAGAAAUGCAUCUGGUUUUAACACAGCGCCCUCUGGAGGCCUGAAGAUCACAGCCAUCCAAUAUUGAUUUUCUGCCUUGUACCUUGCUUAAAGAGAUUUUCCUGGUAUGCUAUUCAUCAGUCAUGUUACUUAACUGUUGAAAUGGAGGUUAUUGUAAUAUAAGAUGUCCCACCAGAUCUUUUCUUAUAGCAUUUCACAACUUUCCCUGUCUUUUGUUAACACUUUCCCAACUUCUUUGGAAAUGGAAGGAAGGGUGAUUACUGACGAGCUGCUUUAACAUCCAGCUGACUGAUUUGUACACACUUAUUCAAAAUGAGUAGCUAAAAUUUGUUAAUGGACUUUGUUUGUAAAUAUGUCAAGAUAUAGUAGAUGAAUAAUGAAGGAGAUGUCUUGUGUCCCAUUUAAAUGUUUAAAGGCCAACAAGGCAACCAGCCAUGCAUGCUAUGAGGUCAAAAUGACAACUUUUGAGGUUAAGACAAAUUUAGAGUUCAAUGUUCAAACAGUGAAUACUGUGCAAAGCGCCUCAUUUUCAUUUGUACGAGGAAAGAAACAUGAAAACAGAGUGUAGAGAUAGAACUCAUGAUAGAUACCUCUAUGGUUUUGUGGUGACGUAAUGAUGGAAAGUGUUGCAGUUAGGUUGUGCGUGGAAGUUUUUUUUCCUGCUUGGGGAAAAAGCAAAUGUAACAAAGGUUUUAGUUAGAGGAGGUUUAAGCUCUUCAAAAAAAUAAUGUCAAGCUCUAGUUUUUCACUCAGAUCUGGGAAGUUAUGCAGAGAAAUGUUAUGCUUAGCAUGAACUUGAAAUCAUAAUGUAAGAGAGAGGAAGAGAGAGGGAAACAUUUUUGUUGUGUUCUUUUUUUUAAAAUCAAAAAUAUAAUAAUGUCUGUACAGUUGAUAUAUGUUUCAUACAGAAGUCUUAGGAACACGUACUGUCUGAACUGCUGAGGCUGGCUGAGGGAAUGAGGUGUUCUGAGAGGCUCUGAGUGGAGGUCAGAUUCAGGUAGCCCAUUUCCGACGAUCGAGACAGGGGUCCAGAGAGGACACAUCGAGGGGAGGAAGUUCUGUCUGGCUGCUUACUCUGAGUAUUUUCAAACAAGCCCUGAACUUCAGAUGGCUCAGGGGUCAUCACACUAGGGAUGAAAUCAAAAGGGAGUUUUAUUGUGAUUCAAUAAGCAGGUAAAAACAAGAGAGUGCUUAAUUGUCAGACCUACCGUGAUGUUUCCAAAUGGAGAGAUUUUAUAACGUGCAUACUGUUACAUCUUUUCUUCAGCUCCUAAUUGGACAAAACAGAAUGUUGUGUUUGAUUAUUUUUGUCAUCCUCUUUUAGACUGUGUGUCUGUGCAGGAACACUCUCACUACAAAGAUCAAUAUACAAUCCUAUGAAACAAAAGCUAAGAGCAAACCUGAGCUGUGCCCACUUUUAACGAUUUGUACUCUUGAUUAUCAAGAUGUUUUUUGUAUUGGUGAUUGUAGUCAAGACCACACUAACCGAGACCAAGACAUGCACAAGACCAGAGUGCUCUGAGACCGAGACGAGACCCAGACAUUUAGGGGUCGAGACCGAGACAAGACCAUCAAUGAAAAAUCAUCAUCUAGUGUGCAGCAUGCAUGUCACUCACUUAGACUGUCACACUGGAAAGGUUGUGGCAAUAAUUUUGGGGGUAAACUACAAAUCAAUUUAAGUUAUUUUGUUCUUUAAGGGCGGGGCAUUUUCCCUCUAAUCACAGUAAUGACUUGGAAAAAUAACCUUUCAGUGGUGGUCUUGAUUUAGAAUCCAGAGUCCGCCCAGUCUGAGACCGAGACAAGGCCGAGUUAAAGCACUUUCAUAUUUCAAGACGAGACCAAGACCUUCAAAAAGUGGUCUCGAGAUCAAGGCUGAUUUCCAGUACCACAACACUAAUUGGUGAAUACAGGAAUCUGUAUUUACAUAUCUAUAGCGUAUUUUAGCUUUGUUUGUUUUUACUGAAUUAACUCAAUAUUGGAUAUUUUGAAGAAAAAAAAAAGAAAA